AUAUAUUCAGUAAUGAAUACCUUAAAAAUAUUUGAAUUGAUUGUUGUGUUGAUUAUUGCAAUUACAUGUAAUGAUGAAGUUAAAGAAAAACAAGAAAAAUUAUCAAGAAAAGAAUUAUACAAAUAUGGAUUUCGGUUAAAGCGUAAUGAACAAGUAGAAGGAGUCAAGCGAAUUCUAAUGAUGGAAGAUGAACUUAAGAGAUCAGCUAUGGUGAAAAUAUUGCUAGACAAAAUUUUUAAGGUUGUGGAGAAAGCAAAGACCUUAGUUGAAGAAUCAGGUUAUGUGCCUGGAGAUGAAUUUCCUGAAGACCAGAAAUAUCUUGAUGCUUUAGGUAAUGUUUUUGAAAAUGUUGCUUUAUUUGGUGAUUUGCUUCUUCGAUGUCCUGAUAUAACUCAUAAGCUAUAUGACAAAAAUACUGAAUGGCGUGUAACAAUGAACUGGGGAGUAGUUUUCUCAAAUGAAUCAGGUUUGUUUGAUGAUGCAGAGAAAUUUUUAAACUUGGUUGCGCAAGAACUAGAGAUAAUACCACGUGAUCCUAACUAUAUUAAUCCAUAUAAAGAAGCCACUAUAAAGGCAACACAGAAGAAAAAAGAAGCCGAAGAAAAUAAAAAACGAAAAGAAAUAGAGAAUAAAAAGAAAAAAAAGACAUUAAAGAAAAAUAAAAAGGGGCCUCGAUUAGGAGGAUCUUCGGGAGAACUGUAAAAUCUUUGGUUAUAAACGAACGCUAAUUAAAAAAAAGGUAUUUAUUAACUGAAAAAAAAAAUUGUAAUAAAA